CUGAAGAAUAAAUUCAUGAAGAAGCUGCCCCGUGAUGCUGAGGCCUCCAAUGUGCUGGUGGGGGAGGUGGAUUUCCUGGAGAGUCCCUUCAUUGCCUUCGUCCGGCUGCAGCAGGCAGUCAUGCUGGGUGCUCUGACUGAAGUCCCCGUACCUACACGAUUUCUCUUCAUUCUACUGGGACCGAAGGGCAAAGCAAAGUCCUAUCAUGAGAUCGGCCGAGCCAUCGCCACUCUGAUGUCGGAUGAGGUAUUCCACGACAUCGCCUAUAAAGCCAAGGACAGGCAGGACCUGAUCGCUGGCAUCGAUGAGUUUCUGGAUGAAGUCAUUGUGCUCCCCCCUGGGGAAUGGGAUCCAGCCAUUAGGAUAGAGCCCCCCAAGUCUCUUCCUUCUUCAGAUAAAAGGAAAAACAUGUACUCCGGUGGAGAAAAUCUACAGAUGAAUGGAGACACCCCUCAUGAUGGAAAACACGGCGGCGGGGGCCACGGGGACUGUGAAGAACUGCAACGAACUGGCAGAUUCUGUGGUGGCUUAAUCAAAGACAUAAAGAGGAAAGCACCGUUCUUCGCCAGCGACUUCUACGAUGCUUUAAAUAUUCAAGCCCUUUCAGCCAUUCUUUUCAUCUACCUGGCCACAGUGACCAAUGCUAUCACUUUCGGAGGAUUGCUAGGUGAUGCUACGGAAAACAUGCAGGGCGUGUUGGAGAGCUUUCUGGGCACAGCAGUCACCGGUGCGAUAUUUUGCCUUUUUGCUGGUCAACCACUCACAAUUUUGAGCAGCACAGGACCUGUCCUUGUCUUUGAACGGCUUCUCUUUAAUUUCAGCAAAGACAAUGGUUUUGACUACCUGGAGUUUCGUCUCUGGAUUGGCCUUUGGUCAGCUUUCCAGUGUCUCAUUCUCGUCGCUACUGAUGCCAGCUUCCUGGUCAAGUACUUCACCCGCUUCACCGAAGAAGGCUUUUCCUCUCUUAUUAGCUUCAUCUUCAUUUACGAUGCUUUCAAGAAGAUGAUCAAGCUGGCAGAUCAUUACCCGAUCAACUCUGAGUUCAAGGUGGACUAUAUUACGCAUUACUCUUGUGCCUGUGAAUCAUUUAAUCCAGUUAAUAGCUCGUUAUUGAACAGGACAACGGUGCCGUCAGCUGAUGAGCUGUUCUAUUCCUCUGCUGACAUGUACAACACCACCAUUGACUGGUCAUCUCUGACAACGGAGGAGUGCUUGAAAUAUGGAGGACAGCUCGUGGGCAACAACUGUGGAUAUGUCCCUGACAUCACCCUCAUGUCUUUCAUCCUCUUUUUUGGCACUUACACCUGCUCCAUGGCCCUGAAGAAAUUCAAGACCAGUCGCUAUUUUCCAACCACU